CCCAAGGGCACCGAUCAGGGGUUUGCCCAUCAGCAUUCGAUCAGGACCUUGGAGAGCAAUAUGCCGACAUCAAUGCUCUUCAAGGAUAUCAGAAUCGACAGCCCAAUGACCCCUACUCCAACACUUACAAUCCAGGAUGGAGAAACCAUCCACACUUCUCGUGGUCCAACAACAACAACACUCUCCAACCACCUCGUCCAAACUUCAACCAACAACAGCCUCGACCCAACAUCAUGCAGCAACAAUCCUGGCCCAACUUCAUACCCCGACCAAACUACCAACAACAGCAGCAACCACAACAACAAGCCCAAGGGUCCGGAUCGAGCUCGUCAAACCAAGACGACAAGCUGGACAAGAUCCUCCAGUUCAUCACGAACCAAGAUUCAUCGAUUAAGUGUCUUGAGACGCAAGUGGGCCAACUUGCCACGAGAGUCGGGAACAUGGAGGUUGAGUCCGACAAAGAAAAACUUCCGAGCCAGUCCGAACAAGCCAAAGCAAUAACUGUGUUGAGGAGCGGUAAGGAAGUGGACAACAAGGUGAGAAUGCCCGAGCCUGAUGUCCCAGAACCAACCGACCAGCCCAAAGAAACCGAGGAGAGUACGAAGAGCACAGAAACCAACUCGAGAAAACCAACAGAAAGUCCUUUGCUUCACAAGUCUCCAAACCCUUACAAGCCACGCAUCCCUUUUCCGAGUAGACUCCGAGACGAGAAGCAAGAGCAGCAAUUCCGGGAUCUUUACACUAUGCUCUCGAAAGUCAACGUCAACUUACCUCUCCUGGACGUGAUCAAGAACAUACCAUCUUACGUAAAAUUCUUCAAGGAUUUGGUCACAAAGAAGAGGAAAUUCGGGGAUGGAGAGAAGGUGGUGGUCUACGAGGCGGAAAGUGCCAUGCAGCAUGAUCUUCCCAAGAAAGAACGGGACCCCGGAGGUUUCGUGAUAAGAAUUGCUCUCGGAAACGGAAAAGAAGCUUCGGGGAUGCUUGACGUCGGAGCGGGAAUCAAUCUUAUGCCGUUUUCUAUCUUCCAGCGGCUCGGUCUAGGAGAUUUGAGACCAACCCGUAUGUGCCUUCAACUUGCUGAACGUUCCAUUCGAUACCCCAAAGGAGUGGUGGAAGUUGUUCUUGUUCGUGUGGGAAAGCUUAUCAUCCCGGUGGACUUUGUGGUGCUCGAUGUGGGGGACGUACACGAGAACGGGAAGGACCACACCAUCCUUCUUGGCAGGCCAUUCAUGGCCACCACCAACACACUCAUUGACGUGAAGAAUGUGACAUUGAACAUGACAGUCCUAGGAGAGUCCGUGUCCAUUUCCGUCCGAGAAGCUACCUCAGCAUCCUCGGUGAAUUUUGUGGAGGAGUGUUCGUUCGUUGAU